GCCCCUCUCCACCAGGCCGGGCCUGGCGGGCGCCGGGAGUCCGGAGCCCGGAGCGGGCCUUGGAGCGGGAGGAUCUGUGGCGAGGAGGUGCCCGCACUGGAGCAGGAGGACCCAGGCAGGAGCUGGAGCGGCGGCGCAGGUGGCGCUGGGUGAGGACUAAUGCAAACGGACGCUGAGCGCGGGAUCGCUUCUCAGACAGGUUCCUCCGGAGGCCCUUGGCCAGGCCUGAGCCUCUACCGCCAUGGCCAUUGUGCAGACUCUGCCAGUGCCACUGGAGCCCACUCCUGAGGCCACCACUGCCCCACAAGCUCCAGCCAUGGGCAGUGUGAGCAGCCUCAUCUCAGGCCGGCCCUGCCCCGGGGGGCCGGCUCCUUCCCGCCACCAUGGCCCCCCUGGACCGACCUUCUUCCGCCAGCAGGAUGGGCUACUGCGGGGUGGCUAUGAGGCACAGGAACCGCUGUGCCCAGCUGUGCCCCCCAGGAAGGCCGUCCCUGGCACCACCUUCACCUACAUCAAUGAGGACUUCCGAACAGAGUCACCCCCCAGCCCCAGCAGUGACAUUGAGGAUGCCCGAGAGCAGCGGGCACGCAAUGCCCAUCUCCGUGGCCCCCCACCAAAGCUCAUCCCGGUCUCCGGAAAGCUGGAGAAGAACAUGGAGAAAAUCCUGAUUCGCCCAACAGCCUUCAAGCCAGUGCUGCCCAAACCUCGAGGGGCGCCAUCUCUCCCCAGCUUCCUGGGUCCUCGGGCCACCGGACUGUCCGGGAGCCAGGGCAGCCUAACACAGCUGUUUGGGGGCCCUGCAUCGUCCUCUUCUUCCUCUUCCUCCUCGGCUGCCGACAAACCCCUGGCACUGAGUGGCUGGGCCAGUGGCUGCCCAUCAGGGACGCUGUCUGACUCUGGCCGAAACUCACUGUCCAGCCUGCCCACUUAUAGCACCGGGGGUGCUGAACCAGCCACCAACUCCCCAGGCGGGCACCUGCCUUCCCAUGGCCCUGGACGGGGGGCACUGCCGGGGCCAGCCCGAGGGGCCCCUGCUGGGCCCUCCCACUCGGACAGUGGUCGAUCUUCCUCCAGCAAGAGCACAGGCUCCCUGGGGGGCCGCGUGGCUGGGGGGCUCCUGGCUAGUGGUCCUCGGGCAUCCCCUGACAGCAGCUCCUGUGGGGAGCGCUCCCCACCACCGCCCCCACCCCCUCCACCCCCUUCGGAUGAGGCGCUGCUGCACUGUGUUCUGGAAGGGAAGCUCCGAGACCGUGAGGCAGAACUACAGCAGCUGCGGGACAGUCUGGAGGACAGCGAGGCAGCCAUGUGCCAGGCGUACGAGGAACGGCAGCGGCACUUGCAGCGGGAGCGCGAGGCCCUACGAGAAGAUGGUAUAGCCCAGGCGCAGCGGGCACAGCGUGCCCAACAGCUGCUGCAGCUGCAGGUGUUCCAGCUGCAGCAGGAGAAGCGGCAGCUGCAGGAUGACUUUGCUCAGCUGCUGCAGGAACGUGAACAGCUGGAACGGCGCUGCGCCACCUUCGAGCGGGAGCAGCGGGAGCUCGGGCCACGGCUGGAGGAGACCAAGUGGGAGGUGUGCCAGAAGUCAGGCGAGAUCUCCCUGCUGAAGCAGCAACUGAAGGAGUCUCAGGCAGAGCUGGUGCAGAAGGGCAGUGAGCUGGUGGCCCUGCGGGUGGCUCUGCGGGAGGCCCGGGCAGCGCUUCGGGUCAGUGAGGGCCGGGCACGGGGCCUCCAGGAGGCGGCCCGAGCACGAGAGCUGGAGCUGGAGGCCUGUUCCCAGGAGCUACAGCGGCACCGCCAGGAGGCUGAGCGGUUGCGCGAGAAAGCUGGGCAGUUGGACACCGAGGCGGCUGGACUCCGGGAACCCCCUGUGCCACCUGCCGCUGCUGACCCGUUCCUCCUGGCAGAGAGUGAUGAAGCUAAGGCACAGCGAGCGGCAGCCGGGGUUGGGGGCAGCCUGCGGGCUCAGGUGGAGCGGCUGAGGGCCGAGCUACAGCGGGAGCGGCAGAAGGGCGAGGAGCAGAGGGACAGCUUUGAGGGGGAGCGGCUGGCCUGGCAGGCAGAAAAGGAGCAGGUGAUCCGCUACCAGAAGCAGCUGCAGCACAACUACAUCCAGAUGUACCGGCGGAACCGGCAGCUGGAGCAGGAGCUACAGCAGCUCAGUUUGGAGCUCGAGGCCCGGGAGCUUGCUGACCUGGGCCUGGCUGAGCCAGCCCCCUGCAUCUGCCUGGAGGAGAUCACUGCUACCGAAAUCUAGGGCCCUGGGCAUCCCAGCUCUGCAGGGAGCUCUACUGAAGGGGAAAAGUCGCCUCAGGUCUGCUGAGGGCCCCAGAGCCACUCAUCCCCUGGGAUCCAGGCCUCUGGGCCUCUGCCAAGAACGCAGGGCUGCCCUAUGACUUGGAUGAGCAAGAUCAGACCCCUUGGAGGUCCCCAUGUUCACCAUCACCCAGAGGCUCCUACUCACUCAACCUGUUUCACUCCCCACCUGCUGCCAGUGCCACUCUGCCAACCCCAUUCACCCCAGACACUCACCAGCUCACUCAUCCAGGGGGCUGGAGAGAGGAAGGGACUCCCUCAAUUCCACACUCUCCCCUGCCCCAAAGCCAGAGAGAGCCAGACAGUGCCAGCUGCUCCAGAUGUGCCUGCCCCCACCCUGCCCAUGCUGGGGGACAGAGCUGGGACUAGGGCCUGAUCCCCAGCUUCCAGCUCUGCAGCCUCUCUCCUGGGGUGAGGGGGCUAUAGUUAGACCAAAGGAAGAACUCAGAAAUGUCUUGUUUAUUUGUGUUUGUGACCAAGGGGCCCCUCCCCACACCCAGAUUUUAUGGCCUCGUUUUUCACUUGUAUAUUUUUCACACUGUAAAUUUCUUGUACAAACCCAAAGAAAAAAUUUAAAAAAAAAAAUUUUUUUU